GCGAAAACUGCGCUACUGUAACCUUCAGCGAACACGAUCGAAAUAGGAGUUGGGGAUUGUUGAUCUCUGCAAGAUGUCUGAUUCUGGAAUGUUGGAUUUCAAACCAAUCGCUGAAAUGCAUGAUUAUUUGGAGGAUUUAGGAUUGCGUUUCGAGUAUGGUUGUGUGCGUGAAAAUGAUCCCGUUAGUGAGUACGUUGCAUUUUCCCUCCAACGAUACAUUAUUACUACGAAGGUUGUCAUUCGUGGGCUGUAUGAUAUCCUUAAAGAGAACUGUUUUAAAAAUAACUAUGCAGAUAGUUGCUUCAAACUCGGUUCUCUAAAGAUAAUUGGUGGUACUGAUGUAUUACGAGAUCCACUUGAAGCUUUUCGUGCAUUUGAACAUGGCUGCAAAGCAGGAAAACAAGGAAAAUGUUGUCAGGCUGCUGGUCGACUAGUUGCUGAUGGCAUAGCUAGUCAUACACCUAGUUUAUCGACUGCGAUGCCAUUCUUUGAAUUAGGCUGCCAGUUUAAAGCAUCAGAGAGUUGUUUUCAUCUUGGUGGUGCAGCAAUGGUGUUGGCUAGAGAAAAUGAUAAAUCUAGUGACUCAAAAAAAUCUGACAGUCAUCGUCUACGCUGUGAAGCUUUUAAAGCAUGGAUGGAAGGUUGUAGAUUAGGCCAUGAAUUUUCUUGUCGUAAUAUUGCCAAAAUGUAUUCAAGUGGUGAUGGAGUUGAGUCGGAUGAGUUGAAAGCAAAGGAUUACAUGAUGAAAGCUGAUCAACUAGCGAAGAGUAAUGAUAUAAAAAGUAGUGACUCUUGUACGAAACGUGAUUUCACAUGAUUUUUUCUAAUUUAUCAUACUGUUAUAAACUCAGAAUUAGAACUUUUUCUCAAAGAUUUUCGUUCUUUGUGCAUAAAGAUGAUUCUUUUUAUGAAUAUUAACCACUAUCCCUUAUUAUUUGAAUUCGGCUGGUAGACUAUGAUACCACUGAUUAUACCAAAGUAUGAAAUAAUUUCAUAAUGGAUAUUGUUUCAUGAAAGAUUCAUUUGCUAAACCGUGUACGAGCGUAAUGCAAACUGUAUGCUAAACCUUUUCAUAUGAUGGUUUUUUGGUGUAAAAUAAGUGCUUUGACGUGGGUAGUUGCGGUGAGAGUUCAAAUCAGUACUUCACUGGUUGAAUAUCGAGUACUUAAACCAGUUAGCUGUAACCGUUUACCAGUAAGUAAACCAUUUCUGUAAUUCAAGACGAAUGAGAAAAUUGCUGAAUCAGGUGAAAUUAGUUGGGUUUUUCCAUCUUAUUUUGCAACGUUUCAAGCUAGCUUCCGAAAACCAAUGAAAACUUGUCAGCAUUCAUUAGGGGGUACAUGAUUAUUAAGUCCAAUGCUGUAGCAAAACGACACUUGUGUUCCAUGGUCGCCAUCACUUCUUAGGCUGCUGUCUGUUUGCUAUGGGCACUGUUCUGUUGAAUUUACACCGGAGUAAACUGUAAGUGGUUUUAAGUUAGCUUAGUAGAUCGUUUCAGUUGAUUCGUUUGUUUGUAGCAAUGUGGAGGUUUCAACAGAGAAACUUGUAGUAAUCUAUGGAAGUGGUUGUACAGAGUAUUGUACUAUCUUGUUUUUAUUCUCUUUUUUA